CAUCUGGUAACCCUGGGCCUGUUUUGAAGUUUUUGAAUGCGUUGGCCUUGCUAUCGUACUUUUGAUACUGGCGAAGAAUACGUGAACUACUCAUUCUCAAUUCGUUUUGCCUGCUCGAUGAUAAGGCAUUAGUUGCCCCAAGAUGCCUGGUACGCAGUGUUGUGUUUGGACCUGCAGAAACAACCACGUGAGGACGCGCGCUGAAAGCAACGUCGUCUCGUACCACAGCGUGCCAAAGUGUAAACGGCGGAGACGAGAAUGGUCCGAGUCACUGGGCAUGGACUUGCCGAUGGGCCGUCGUGUGUGUUCAAAGCACUUCACGGUGGACUCUUACGAGGAGUUGCUGCCCGGCUCACAACGCCGACGUUUGAAAACGUCGGCACUGCCCAAGAUGGAACCAGAACCGCCGUCGGGAAACUCCGAUGUUAGGGAGGGUGCAAGAUCUGCGGAUGGCCGGCGGUUCACGCUUGCAGUGUUUGUGGAAGACAUCAGAUGUCUCGAAGCCCUUUGCUCUGGACCCUGCACGACUGCGGAUGAUAUCCUGGUCCAACCAGUGCAUGUGGACUCCAUGAUCUCUGCCGACCAUUCGUAUGCACUGUCUCAUUCCGAAGAGACCAGAUCAUCCUAUGCCCAAGCAAGCCUCCGUGCUGAGUCACGUACCAUUGGGGUUCAAACAGACCCAAUGGACUUCCUGUGCACAAAAUAGGGGGUCAUCAGGUCAUAGUACCGAACAUCAUCUGAGCCACUGUCACUACCCGUCACUAACAUCACCCGUGAUGCUAUCCACUUCAAAGUGUAGAAGAGUGUGCGGAAUCUAGGAAGAACAAAACGACACGGUGUCCACUUCUGCCUCCCACGUCUUUCCUAGCUGAUUCAGCUGUGUAUAGAAAGCUGCUGAAAAUCAUCAUGGACCCAAGGCUUCACUGUGACAUCGGGCAGCUGCCCUUGGCGGGACAGGCACCUUCCCUGGAGUUACCAUGCUGUCCUUGCAAAGUUUGCCCCCCAGAUCCACAUCCUACAUGCCUACGUUAUGAAGGCCAGGUACACAUUUCACACCUGCCUUCCAUGUGCCAGGUAUUCUCAUUAAAGGAGUACAGAGGGCCAUCCAAAAAAAUUUCAGAUUAAGACAUCUGAUGAAAGUGUGUGUGUCAUUAUACCGAAUAGCGCGAAAGGUUUUGAUGUGUGCAAUUUGUUUCCCAGAAAAAAAACUCACAUAAACAUAGCUCCGCGCCUUCACCCUUAACUCCCCACUCCAGCUAUAACGAGGAUGAGGAGGUAUGAUCCCACGUCACCGAUGACGGCAUAAGGAGACUCGUUCUGGUUUGCCGGUCAGUGGGGGUCAGUGCAUUGUCCCUUUGCCGCCGUAAACCUGUUUUGCCAGUUUUCCCAGAGAAUUGGGGAUAGAAGGAGCGGCCGAAGCAUUACCGAGCAAGGAGAAAGGCUUUAUCGGAACCCCGAACAGCCGAGUAGCAGACGACAGCGGAGUAGCAGACAACAUUUGUCUAGGCCAAUCAGCGAGCGUUCUCCUUAUAGCGUCAGCGCGAGGUUCCAGGCAGAUCACAGGCUGGUACUGCUCUUCACCACCGUUGCGCACGGUCGUUUUUUGCGGGGUAUUUUAAAUUCAAUUUAUGCGAUAAUUAUAACUCUGUGGUGUAAAUUACUUCGCAUGGUGCAUCUUACUGGCAAACUUAACAGUUUUAUAGGAAGAAAACGGGGUGUUAAAAAUGACUUCUGUGCUACUUUAAGGUCACGGUGAAGUGCCUCACGCAAAUAUAUCUGCUUAGGACACAGCUUUUGGCAUUGCACUUCAAUGAAAAUGCAGGCAGUGUGCAAGCUAGCACAUCCGACGACCUGUUCAUGUUCCGGCGAAAGCUGGGUAUGGCAAAGAAAGGGGCUGAGGUGGUAGCACAAGUAAAAACAAAAGCUACACAUGGGUAUGUUAUGAAACUGCUCGAAGAGGCAACCCAGGCAUGUGAAGACAGAAGCUUGAGGAGCCUGCCGAGGACAAAUUUAUCUCUGGAGCCACCAACGAUGACUUCUGCUUUGUUUUUUUAACUUUUGUCUGGACUUCUGCUUACGCAAGGGAGCCCAAGGACAUUCUUAUAGCCCGGAGGAUGCUACGAUUUCAUGACGCGACAGAGAUGCUGUGACUUAUACAUAGAGUUCUUUGUUUUCGGGUUAAACCGAAUUUUUCAUGACACAACUGAUACAACAUGAUACAAAACUCUGUAAUAUUUUUUGUAACAAGUGUGUUCGAAGCACUCUUUGAAUAAAACGACUUCAGGCCAUCGAGCAUUCUAAAAUGCUCCUCUGAAGCAUCUGAACGCGAUGAUAGGAAGUGUUGCACUUUUUCAAGCAUUUCCACUGCCCCAUCUGCUAUCUGUCUAUCCCUGCCCCUGUGCUAUCUGCACUGUUACCUUCGCAACAGGGGCUUGAUCUUCAUCAUCGCUGCUUUCGUCGUCCGUGCCUUCCAUCGUGGUGGCAUGCUUCUCAAGCUGAAUCUCCUCACUGCGAACAAUUGGCAAGUACGAAAGCGAUCUUUUUCUUCUCGUUCUUCAUCUUUUUGUCGAGCCUCGUCAACCAGUCCGUGAAUAUUUCCGCAGUCAUCCACGUCUUUUUGUUCCAGUUGUAAUUGGCAGGGAGGCUGGUUACAUUCUUGAAAGCACGUGGCUUUUGGCACUUUCCGAUUACCUGAGCCUGUCACGUUGCAACACGUACAGAAGGACCGUAACCCUUUCUUUUGAUCGUUUUUCCUUCCUUGCAUUUCUCACCCUUUACAGUCAUCGUCCAUUCGGGCAGCAGUUUGUAGAACAAUGCAGUCUCGUCUGCAUCAAACACAUUCACUGGGUCGUACUCGUAAAGCAGUUUCUUGCUCUCUCCAACGUGCCGCGACAUCUUGUGGGGCGGACUUUUCUUCACCGGCGAGUCCUCUGAAGACGAUGUCGUACCGAGCGCGAAAUGCUCGGAGCCAUCCGUCGGAUCCCUUGAACCUGUCCUCGAUUCCAUAUGUGCGCGCAAAAUCUCUUGCUUUAGCGCACAACAUCGGUCCAGCGACUGGUAUAUCCUGAGACCGUACUUCGAGGAACCACUUGUACACCGCCUUGUCGACAUCCUCGAAGUUAGCGGCCCGCAUUCUCUUUUGUGAUGGUGCACCUCCGCUGUUGCCGGAUAUUCUUUCAAGCUUCGCCCAGUUCUUCAGGAGUGUUGACAGUGUCGACGCACUGAUACCAAACUCCUUGGCUACGUCGCAUUUCUUUUUUUCCGGCGUCAACCGCGUUCAAGACAGCUCCAGGGAAAACUGUCCUCGUUUCGUGGGACCUUCCUUUGUAGCCAUCACGGACGACUGACGAAAUCUGGCAGUGACGACGCCGAGGACAAUAACCUUCAUCUACCAUACGUUUUGUGCCCGAUUUAGCCGGCUCAUCAGGUCACUGUUACUAAGGGUGCGCCACACUUUUGGUCAGUAUGCUAUCUGUCAAAAGACAGCAGCCCUUUUCUUUUUUUGUGUUCAGCCCCUGUAGUGAGUCAGUGGCCAUGUGGUUUCUGGAAGGACAUGACCUCUGCUCGUGUCCUCCGAUAACUCGAUCACAAAACCCACGGAAACUGGAAACUACGGGCGCGUGACUUGGGUGGAGAGGAGCAAACGACACUGCGUGCCAUGCUGCGCGGCCCAUUGCCACGUGUCGGGAGCAGUUCUGUUUAAUCUUCGUUGUAUGGGUCGUGCGCUUCGGCGAUCGGACGCAGAAUUACUUCGUUAUUUCGAUAGAUUCGUCGUAAAGGAUUUCGUUAUAAAGGUUCCAAUUAUACAUUGCUCACUAUGGAGCACUGACCGUACCGUCAAAAACGUUCGUUAUAAGGGCCUUUUCAUUAUAAAGGCAUUCGUUGUAAAGUACUUUGACUGUAGUUCCCCCACGAACAAAUUUUCAAGAAUUCAGGUAAAACCCUUGCUUUAAAAAAAAGGUGCCUUCACAACAUUGUCUAGACAGUCUCUGUCAUUGCCAGUUUUCGGAAUGUGUCUUCCAACUGUGCCAGGCGUUGCUACGCUGAAAAUGAGACUGCUUCAUGUAUGAACACACAUUAAUCUUUUUUUUUUCUUUUUAGGGUGUGGUAUUACUUUCCAGAAUUUGUUAGGAAUGCUU